UGAACACAGUCCCUCCACACUCUCCAUCUCUGUGGCCUUGCCCCUUAUCAGUAGACCUGCAUUGAGUGUCUCUGUCCACGGAAGCAGCCGUCUGUCAACUGCAGCUCCUGAGGAGCUGAGAGGACGGUGGCUGGAUAAACUGCCGUCACCAGGCUGACUGACCGCAGUAAUUUACUGAACUAAAAUAGUUUGCAUGUCAACUCCAUGGGAAUAAAUCAAUAGUGUUUAUUGAUCCAUUGAUAUGGUUAAUAAGUUCUACACACUUACAGCGGGAUAUUUGUGUGAUUUAAACAACUAUCUGUUCAGAUUUUGCUUCACUAGACAUGACAGAAACAGACUCGGAGUGCAAAUUAAUGUGCAGUCUCUCUGUGAGAAUAUAUCAGAUUUAAUGUGGAUUGAUUACAGCAAUCCACAUUAAAUCUGAAUAUGGUUUGAUGUAAUAAAAUGGAAGUGAAUCUGUGCUGUGAGACAACACUUACUAUAUGAAUUGGCCACAUCUUCUUUUUCUCCACUUUGCCAUCCAUCCCCCACCAUUCAACUGGUGCUGGAGACGGGAGAUUGUCAUGUCCUCACACAGACAGCUGCUCUCAUGACUUCCCCCUGUCCUGUGCAUGACCACCAUGACCUGUUGCUGAUUGGCAUGAAUAGUGUUGUACCCUUUGGUGGUGUGCGUAGGCGCACCAUGGCCCAGACCCUGCAGAUGGCGAUCCCAAACUUUGGCAACAAUGUUUUAGAGUGUCUGAAUGAGCAACGGCUGCAGGGCCUCUACUGUGACGUCUCCGUGGUGGUCAAGGGGCAUGCCUUCAAGGCACAUCGAGCUGUGCUGGCUGCUAGCAGUUCAUAUUUUCGGGACCUUUUCAGUAGCAGCAAUAGUGGAGGUGCUAGCAGCAAUGAAACGAGCCCAACAGUAGUUGAGCUCCCGCCGGCAGUGCAGCCCCAGAGCUUCCAGCAGAUUCUAUCCUUCUGCUAUACAGGCCGGCUCAGCAUGACAGUGGGAGACCAGUUUCUCCUCAUGUAUACUGCCGGCUUCCUACAGAUUCAGCAGAUCAUGGAAAAAGGCACCGAAUUCUUCCUGAAGGUCUCCUCCCCCAGUUGCGACUCCCAGGGUCUUCACGCAGAGGAGGCCCCACCUUCUGAGCCCCAGAGCCCUGUAACGCAGACCAAUAACAAUGCAGCCCGGCCCACCUCCUGCUUGACGCCGCUCCCCUUGGUAUCACGAGUUAAGACAGAGCAGCCAGCUAGCCAACCAGAAGCAGCCGCUCCGUAUUCGGUGGUCUGCACUCCUGUAGCCAAGCGGCUGUGGGAGGGCGGCAGCAGCCGAGACGGAGGUGGAGCAGGCUCAGGGGGAGGAGGGGGGGCCAGGAAGGCGGCCCGUUAUUCCCAAGAGGCGGUGCGGGGCAGUGCCAUCCAGAGCCCUGGAGCCCUUGGACUUGCCAUGGGUAUGGGGGCCACAGCUACCAGUCUGGCAGGCAUGGUGGCUAGUGGCGGACUCAGUGGCAACGCUGGCACCAAUGGGAGCUCUGCAGCAGGUCUUGGCACAUCAGAGGGUGCCAGCCCCGGCACCUUGAGCACCUAUGCCAGUGACUCACCCAUCAGCUACCAUGAUGAUGAAGAAGAGGAAGAGGGGACCGAUGAAUGUGCAGAAGAGCAAUACAGGCAAAUUUGCAACAUGUAUACCAUGUACAGCAUGCUCAACAUGGGAGCUGCAGCAGCUGGCGAGCGGGUAGAGGCUCUACCAGACCACACAGAGACACGGGGUCGGAUGCGAGGCCGAGACCUAACGUGUCUUCCCGCAGAACUCAUCGCUCAGAUAGGCAACCGCUGUCACCCCAAACUGUAUGAGGAAGGAGACCCUGCUGAGAAACUAGAGUUAGUCUCAGGUACUUCUGUGUAUAUAUCACGAGCCCAGCUAAUGAACUGUCACGUGAGCGCAGGGACCAGACACAAGGUGCUGCUGAGGAGGCUGCUGGCCGCCUUCUUUGACAGGAAUACUCUGGCCAACAGCUGUGGAACAGGCAUCCGCUCUUCCACCAAUGACCCGAGCCGCAAGCCCCUGGACAACAGAGUACUGCAUGCAGUCAAAUUUUAUUGCCAGAACUUUGCCACCAGCUUCAAAGAGAGUGAGAUGAACGCCAUUGCGGCUGACAUGUGCACCAACGCUCGCCGCGUGGUCCGUAAGAGCUGGAUCCCCAAGCUGAAGCUGCUGAUGGCCGACAGCGACGCCUACACCGCUUUCCUUCCAGACGGCGUAAAGGCGGAGGACGACACCUUGGGGGGCGAUCCGGCAUUUGACCCUACCACUCUGGAGGCUGCUGGCGGUGCCGGCAUGGAGUCAGGUGGCUCUUCAGGUGAAUCACUACCAGGUGUGGGAGGGGAUGGAGGACCAUUAUUUUGAACACUGUGUCCGGAGGAAAGUUGAAAUUUGGUGACACACAUACAAGUAUUCCCCAGUUCUGCUUGCCUCCUCACUCUUUGGCCCACGCUGAUUUCUUACAUCUGACUGUCUAUACUACACUGCAAGGGUCGACAGCUGUUGACCUGAUGUAACCAGGACGUGAAAAUUAAAAUUUUUUGCUUCAUGACUGUACAAUGGAGUUAGUAGAGAAAAGGGAGAGAGUAAGAGGGUGUUUAGUUUUCUCCUAACUGCCCUCUGCCUCCCCUUGUCUUUUUAAGGUGUGUAAGUGCAUCUACUGUUGCAUAUUAAAUACAUUCCCUGAUGUGCGGGUGGUGGGGGGAGCUGAUAGUGCAGCCUGAGGAUGGAUGGACAGGCAGAGAGGAGAGGUGGCGAGUAUAUUGAAUGUAAGUGUCAGUGGCAUUUUUCUCUAUGCAAGCCUGACAACUUGUGUUCCAGCCUCGGGAAAAAAAAAACAAAAACAAAAAAACUACCAGUAAAUUUAAAACAGUUACAUUAUUAAAAUGAAUUAACACUACCUGUUCUUCCUCCCCUUGCAUAUUCCACUCAUCGCCCUGCAAGUAUUCUUCCAUCCCACCUCACCCUUCUUAAGACCAGAGAAAAUCUCUCUCCACCUGAGUGUUUCACUCUGCGGUGUCUUAUAUAAAUAUAUCUCAUCUUUCUCUGGUUUCUAUAUUUUUAGCAUGUUUAAACGGAAAAAGUGAUUCAGAAUGAAAAGGGGAAGCUUUUUAUUGAGAUGAUUGUAAAGAAAUUUUAAGGACAACAGGUAAUCAAAAGAUGGUCAUAUUUUUAGAAGACAAACUAUAUUUAUACAAGUGCCCACGCCUUGAAUGGUGUGAGCAGAGAGAGUGGUAGGGAUUGUUUUAAAAAUUCUUCAUGUUUUAUUGAAAGAGGUCUUGACAAAUAAGGAAAAGUGCUAUUUUUGCAGAAAAAAGGAGUAUAAUAAAGCAGUCUUGUCAUAGGACCCACAGUCAUUUAUUUUUAUCUUUAUUUUACAGUGCAGAGUGAUGGAAUGAGCAGUUGAACUGCUAAAUUUGAAGCAUUUCAUCUUCUGUUCACUAGCUUAGAAGGAAUAAUAAGACUGAUUCAGCUGGCUUGACUGUUGUCUAUAAUAACCAUUUCUUGUAAGGUUGUGAACGUUUGCCUCCUAUGAUAAAACAUUUGCCCACAAUUCUGACAAUUACUAGUAGAAAUGUAAAAGUUCUCUUGGUCUGGACACUCGCUAGUUUCUUCUUUGUACUGAAAUUAUUAAAAUACAAAAAAGCCUGCUGGCAUUUUGUGGAAUCACAGAAGCCACAGGAAAUAUUUAGGGAAUAUUGGAACGUGCCUUUUAAAUGAAAUUAAUAAACUCAACCUUGGUGGGUACAGUGAUGUCAAGGAGGCAAUAUUGCUUUUAUUAAGCAAACAGGUUUCAUGGUAUUAUCCAUGUGUGUGUAAAGAAGGAGAGUCUGUAUUGCACGGCUGUAUGUUUUGGUAUGUGGUUUAUUCAUGUAUCUAAUGUAUUUCCAUGUUGUAGAAAAGCCUCUUUAAUAUGGAAAUUCAAAAUGCCUGAUGACAGUUUUAUUUUGGAGUUUAUUUUGGUUUGCACCUUCCAUAAGAGGUAGAGUGGAGGUUUUAGCACCUUAAUGAGAAGAACCAGUGGUUCAUGCACCUUUUUGAGAAAUGUUGUGUAGCAAUUGAACCUUUAGGUGGAAUUUGUCUUUUUUUUUUCUCCAUGUCUGCCUGUGUUUCUUGUUUAGAAGUGGCACAAACUCCUACUGUAAAUAAUCAAGAAGACUGUUGAGUUAAAACCCAAGUGUUCUUCCUUUCUGUUGCUGGAUGAGUUUGGUCAUGAUGAAAUGUCAACAACUGACCUUUUUAUGUGCAAGUUUGUGUUUGCUAGAAACCUUUUUGAAAGCAUGUUGACCUGCCUGCAGAUCAGAGGUCAGCACAGGGGAUUUAUUAUUCCUGAUGCAGGUGGAUAAAAGUGAAAAUGGUUUGACGGAGGAAUGUGUUCUAAUACUGUUUGUAGGAAAACCUAAAAUGCUCUCGCAGACAACUGACUGCUUUCUCUAAUUGGAAAAAGCAUUCUUAAAUGUCAGUCAAAUUAAUCUCAUAGAGAAAAUAACCAGAUCAUGUUGGAUAUAGCUCUCUCUAUUUCCAUCUGUAUUUAAAUGUACUAGGGCAACUUUACUUAAAGGGCUAUUGUGUAGGAUUUAUUGACAUCUAGUGGUGAGGUUGCAGAUGGCAAACAACUGAAUACACCCCCCCUCCUUUCAAGCCAGUAGGAGAAUCUACGGCCGCUGCAAAAAUCAUGAAAAAUGCAAAAGGUCCUCUCUAGAGUCAGUUUGGUUUGUUCAUUCUGGGCUACUGUAGAAACAUUAUGGUGCAACAUGGCAGGCUCUAUGGAAGAGGACCCACUCCCUAUGUAGAUAUAAAGGGCUCAUUGGUAAUGGUAAUGAAAACAAUGAUUCUUAUUUUCAGGUGAUUAUACCCUGAUUAAAAGAUACUUUGUAAUGUUAUACUCCGUUUCUACCAAGUCUGUUAUGCUAGAUGCCAUUAAAUUCUACACACUGCACCUUUAAACGGUUUAACCAGGAGAUAAGAAGACAGAGUAAAAAUGCAGUACCUUGUGUAAAAUGACAACAAAACCUCAGUAAGCUUUGUAUUUGACUGUAGACGCCACACAAGCACCCCUCCCCCCGUCUUACCUCUUCAGUAUCUUUGAAGACUGUUGUGCUUCCUGUCCUCCAUGCAGCUGGUGUCAUGUUUCACUUCCACAAGUUUAUUCAUGCAUUUCAGAGACAGAGGGAAGCAAAGUUGUGGUUUUACGUUGCUAAAUCUGAGUUAUAACAUGUAUGUUUUAUUUGCUUAGUGGCUUCAGCUGGUUAUUGUAUAAGGGCCUGAACUCACAACUCAAAUUACGUUUCUUCUUUUAAAAAAAAAAAAAGAUGUAGUUAGUCUUUGCCAGGCGUGUUUAAGUUACCAUAAUCCAUACAAAGUUCAGGUUUGAAAUGAAUCAAACUGACAAUGUUUGUAAUUUAUUUUUCAUGAAUCCAAAACCUCCAAAACACUUUUCACAACAGAAUAUAUUCAGAUUCUUAGAAAAUUGCUUUGCGCACAGUGGAAGGACCAAAAGACUAAUCACGAGGACUAUUUAACUCAAUUUAAUCAGAGGUCCUUUAGGGGUAUCUACUCAAGCAAUUAAAUGGAAGCAGUUGAAAUUAGUUCCAUUAUUACAGAUGUCCCAUAAAAAAUCUUCUUAAAAAAUUAAAAUGAAAGUCAACAAUGUUUUAAAGCAAUUCAGAGCAUGAGAUAAUAAAGCCUGAAAUGUGCUGCUAAAAGUAACGAUGUUACAGUGAAACACUGAAUGACUUACUCUUGAGUCAUAGAGCAGAAAUAUCACCAGUGAAUCAGCAUUGGUUUUAGUUUGUUUUAACAACAGAGCAGUCCUACUCAGAUAAAGUAAUGUCCAUACUGCACCUUGCCCCAGUCAUAAUAUCCUGCCUUAGAGACAUUGUCUUAGGGCCUGUUGUGUUGUCAGUUGACCCAGUGUAUAAUUUUUUUUUUUUUUCUGGGUGGGGAGGGGUUGAUUAAGGUGACACCAUGAGUCAGGGGUCUUUAUCUGUAAUCAGCUUUCAGGGCUAACUCUUCUUUUUAGGAAUUGUUAAACAUUAAGUUCUCUCAUGUCCAAAACGUCCCUCACUCACAAUGUACUUGCACAUUGCUUCAUCAGCAGUAGGUGUGAGUGUGGUUAUAGAAAGCUUUCAUGAUCAUCUUCUUCUUUUUUUUUUUUUUUUGGUAGUACAUUGUAAGCAAAUUUCUGUACUUUUCAGCGUACGUGUUUACACUUCAACAAAACAUGUAGACCUACACACUUGAAUGGAUAAGGUGUGGCACGGCAUGGGGAACCUUUUGUCACAAAGCAGUACAUAUAUAAAUAUGAUUAUAUACAUGUACAGAUAAAUACUGUAUAUUAUAUAUAGACACACACAUAGAGGUCAGAUUGUUUGUUGUGCACCCGCAGCAUGAGGUAUAUAUUUACCCAGAAACAGCGCUUCUUCACAACCCGUGCAGUAAUUGGUCUGCCCAUGUCUUUGGCCCUGCUCCUUGCCCUCUGUAACCCUGUAGCGCCAGUUGACCUCCUGUACUGCUCAUCCUAUUCUUUGUGUUCCAAGUGCCAAUAACUUCGUGAAAGCCCUGUAACUGUGACCCAACAUUAUCAAAGGUAAUUGCACAUUAACGACUGUAAAAUAAAUAUAAAUCAUAGAGAAAAUGUCCAAAUGGAUUAAAUAAUGAAUAUCUUAAUAAAAGAUUUG